AUGUCUACUACAAUGUUCUGGAAUUGCAGGGGGGCUCGAAAAAAGCACACGAGCAACUACCUGCGUCACCUGGUUGGUGACAAUGAGGUGCUUUUUGUUGGUCUGUUGGAGACCAAAAUUGAGGUCUUUGCCAGAGCUGAUGCGGACAAGCUUAUUGGGUCGGGAUGGGACUUCGUCCAUCGCCCAGCGACCGAUAGAUCGAGGGGAAUUCUUAUUCUCUGGCAGAAGGACAUUGUGAUGUUUGACGUGCUGGAAGAUAAUGAACAAGUUGUGGUAGGCUCCCUUGCUCUACCCAACGGUCAGAAGUGGACGACGGCGGUUGUCUAUGCGAAUAAGGACCAUCAUGUCCGGAGGGACUUGUGGGAUGCCAUUGCUAGGCAUGGGAGCCCUGACGUGCCGCUCCUAGUUGGGGGCGACUUUAGCUGCUGCCUUAGCCAUGCUGACAAAAAAGGGGGGAAGAGAUUCAUCUUCUCAGCCGGCGCUCAAGAGAUGAGUGAGUUUAUGCUUAACCUGGAUCUCCAUAUUUUUGGUUUUAUCAGACCCCAAUUUACUUGGUCCAAUAACAAGGACGGCGUGAGCAGGAUUUGGGUUCGCCUGGAUCGUUGCCUCAUGAAUUCUGCGGGGUUGCUGCUGGCCCCGUUUGCCACGAUUCGGCACAUGGGGAGGGUUGCCUCUGACCAUGCGCCGUUGCUUCUUUCCUUAUCCCUUGGUGGGCAGCCUAAGUCCGAAAAAUGGCUCCGAUUCGAAGAUGUUUGGACGACAUUUCCCACAUCCUGGCGGAUUUUGUGGAAGGCUUGGUCUCGUAACGACUUUAGGACGCCUGCGGAGGUACUCAACCGUAAGUGCAGGAGGACGCUGCGUACCCUAUUUCAUUGGUGCCGCAAUCGUGUUAGGGAGCUUACGGAUAAGCAGACCCGAGCUGAAUGUCGCAUUCUGGAAUUGUAA